ACUGUAUGCUACCAGGUAGGUAUGUAUGAGAGAUAUGAGAGGCGGUACGUAAACAGAGUCGGCGAAGAUGGCGUCGAGCAAGAAAGGUGUGGGGAACGGCAGAUUGGAGAGAGGUCUGAAUGGAAGACGCUCUUCCAGAUUCAAAGAGGGCCCUGUGGUGAUGGACACAAAGGCGGUGUUUGCGGCCCUGUACAGCGUGUGUGAAGAGAAUGUCGCCUUCUUCUCGGCCGGGGCCAAGGGGUCACAGGCUGACGCCGCCCGCCGGCUGGUGGAGACCAUGAAUCUCAUCGAGGAGCACGCUCGCAGUCUGGAGCCCGUCAUCUCUGGCUUUGCUGCCGUUUAUCAUCAUUUUGACUUUGACCCACACAUACCUGCUAAUGGCUACCGCUCACUAGUCAAGGUGGUGCGCUGCUGCCUCCUGCACAUCAUCCACAAGGGCCGCUACAUCACCACCAAUCGUCGCAGCAUCUUCUUCCGAGCAGCGCACAACGCCGGCGAGAUGGAGGCCUACUGCAACGCGCUGUGCCAGCUGCGCGCCCUGCUCUACCUGGCCCAGCGCAUGCUGCACGACAACCGCCACGGCAACCUGUUCUUCCAGGACGAAAGCGGACUGAGCGAGAGUUUUGUCCGGGAAUACUCCUCCAUGCAUAAAGGAUGCUUCUAUGGCCGCUGCCUGGGCUUUCAGUUCACUCCAGCCAUUCGACCCUGUCUUCAGACCAUCGCUAUUGGUCUCGUGGCCUUUGGAGAAAACUACCGGCGCCAUCAGUCAGGAAUAGGUGUGGCAGCCAGCUCUUUCUUCACUUCGGGGAAGUACGCCAUUGACCCAGAGUUGAGAGGGAGAGAAUUUGAACGCAUCACCCAGAAUCUUGAUGUCCAUUUCUGGAAAUCGUUCUGGAACAUCACUGAAACUGAGGUCCUGUCGAGUCUUGCCAGUAUGACAUCUACUCAAGUUAAAGUGAACAGAGCUCUCUCGGUGCCCGCAGUGCCCUUUGACCUCCCUCUGGCUGCCAACCACACCGCCUCUGUAACAAUAGCUCCUCCAUCAGCGCACAUCGGCAGCGCUCCGGUUCAGAUGAGACUCAUCUCGUAUGACUUGCGUGAAGGACAGGACAGUGAAACUCUGCUGUCUCUCUCCCGCUCUGAGGGGGGAGCCAUCUCUCUGUCCCUGGGAAUGAAGACCAAGCGUCUCCCCUCUUCUCCCUGCCUCCUGAUCCACUUCCAUGGCGGAGGCUUUGUCGCUCAGACCUCAAAGUCCCACGAGCCCUAUCUGAAGAGUUGGUCCCAGGAUCUUGGUGUCCCCAUCCUGUCGGUGGAUUACUCUCUGGCCCCUGAAGCCCCCUUCCCUCGGGCACUGGAGGAGUGUUUCUACGCCUACUGUUGGGCUUUAAGAAACCACCACCUCCUAGGAUGGACCGGAGAGAAAGUGUGUUUGGCCGGUGACAGCGCGGGGGGCAACUUAUGUGUGACGACUUCAAUGCGCGCUGCAGCCUUUGGUGUGCGGAUGCCAGAUGGCAUUGUGGCAGCCUAUCCAGCCACCCUGCUGACGGCCUACGCGUCGCCCUCCCGUCUGCUCACCCUCAUGGAUCCCCUGCUGCCACUCAGCGUGCUCUCCAAGUGUCUCAGUGCCUACGCAGGCAAUGAGCCGCAGACUGAGAGGCAGGUAGAGAAAGUGAGCACGCUGAGUCUGGUGAGGAGAGAUACCGCCCUGCUGCUGCGAGAUUUCCGACAGGGAGCCUCCAACUGGAUCCACUCCCUGCUGGAUGCCAGCAGAGCCUCAGCCUCCCCAAGUACAGCUGCAGAGGAACCAUCAGGAGCCACCGAUACACCUGCAACUGAAACGGUGAGAAAAAGCAUUUCCGAGGCAACGCUCUCUUCUCCUCACGCUGACCCGCCUGUGCCCACCGAGCCAGCAGAGUUCCCCAGCAGGAAACUGUCUACCAAGAGCAAGACUUGUCAAGACUUGGGAUCCCACAACAGCGCCAUCUCCCAAAGUGCACCGCUGAUCUCUGACCGCACUCUAGAAGAUGUGAGUUUCUUCCUCUCCAAGGACGUGGAUCCCUCCUUCACCCAUGACCUGUCCUCUGUGGCCAUACCCCCCCCUGCUGGGGAGGAGGGGUCAGAGCUGGGGCACCCCCGAGAGUUUCCGCUGGGCUUUGAGCCGCUACGCUCCGAGCAGCUGGCUGAGAUGAAGGUGGAGAGCUCUCCGGUGGUGAAAGAUCCUUUCUGCUCACCUCUGCUGGCCCCUGACAACAUGCUGAGAGGGCUGCCACCAGUGCACAUAGUGGCUUGUGCUUUAGACCCCAUGCUGGAUGAUUCGGUGAUGUUUGCCAAGCGUUUGAGGAACAUUCAGCAGCCCGUCACUCUGUGCGUGGUGGACGACCUUCCCCACGGCUUCCUCAGCCUAUCGCAGCUCUCCAGGGAGACCAGGGAAGCUGCCAAUAUCUGCGUGGAGCGAAUUCGCGCCGUCUUCACCCAGGAGGACACGCCCCCGGAGCCGCGCAAGCACCGCAAGCUGGAACGGACCGAUAGGGGCGAGUCGGCUCCGUCUGAGGAAAGCGCUCCCCUCUUUGUCGAACCCAUAGAAGAAGCCGAGCCAGCGGUCAUCAGAGGGGCUAAAAUAGCUGAUGGGGAGGCCUCAGUUGCUGUUGCGGCCCAGAAUAACGCAGACGCUGGGGGCAUUGGUGCUUAGAUAAGGUUAGAUCCAGGAAAAGGAAAAGAAGACGACUGCAGUACACCCCAGGAGCGAAGGGAGAAAGAGUAAAUGAAAGUCAGACUGAUGCAGGCAGCACAGAGCCUAAACGAGAGACGAAGACAGCAUCCUGUAGGAAAAGGAGGGGGUGGGAGGGGGCAGUCGAGGAGAUUGCUUAGUGUUUGAAAGACAAAAAAAUGAAGCAGUGGAGCGCUAAAAUGUAUGUUGCUCUGCUUUGCGAUUCCUGCCACUUGUCCGUGUAUCAUUAUGCAUGGAGGCAAAUCUGGCAGACAAAAGGAGCGCACCCACAAAAAGCAGCCAUGUUUUAGAAUGAGAUGAUAAUUUACAAGCUUCUAAGAUCCAAGACCAGCACUCAGCCACUUUGAGCACACAUUCUCUACAGAGCUGCUGCUCGGCGGAGGAGGUUCAGACAUAAAGCAGCGAGGAAGAAUCUUAAGAUGAGGCCUGAAUGGCCGAUUCAGCCCGGCCGAGGCAGGCCCUAAUCAGAUAGGGGCAGCAAACUGUAUGCUUUUGUGUAGAAUCAUCCGCAUCAAAAUGACCACUUAUCCUUUAGGGAUCCACUCUAAAUCAGGCUUAAUAACUCCACAUUGCGUUGCCCAUUAUGCCAGUUAAGUAGUCGAUACAGCUCACUUUGUGGAUAGUAACUCCGUUGACUUUCUCUCCAAUACAAUUACAAAGCUGAAACGCAACAGACUGAAAGACCUGAACCUGGAAGAAUGGAAUUAUUUCCUUCUCAAGAUUCUAUUGCCACUGUUGAAGUGUAUCAUUAACUCUAUGCAGGAGUGUUGUUUUUCUUUGUUGAUGUUAUCUAUAUCCUUUGUGUUGCUGUUACAAUCACUGAGUCCUGACAGGCUCAUUUGAUCUGUGCACUAUUAUUUAAUCGAACCGUUUGCUGUUCAUUCCAUGGUUUUAAAGAUGCACAAUGUUUACCUCUGCUUCCUCAGCCUCAGCUCCUCUGGCUUCCCUGGCCUCUCCUAGACUCAUUACUCAUUCUGAGUGAAGCGUAGUGAUCUUAAAGAGAACAUGUAAAGUAGCACAAGGGGUAAUGGAGCCCUGCUUCACUGUUGCCUUUUGCGUUCUGUGUUGGAGAUAUUGCUAAUACAAAUACAUUUAAUUAUUUUUGCUUAUCCAAUGAAAGUUAGAUGUUUUCUUCUGAAAACAAGUGCAAGAAGAUUGUUGUCCAUUCUGUGUAUUAUCUCUCAUAUCUUUAAAAGCCAAAUUUUUUUUAUUAUAAUUUUUUUUAAAUAUAUAUAUAUAUAUAUAUAUAUACUUCAAGAGUUAAAAACGGUUUCUCAGUAUUCUCCUCCUGCAGAAGGGGAGUGAGACAGAGUGG